UCCCCAUUCCCCCACUCCACAGCAAUGCGGAAGCCGAAGCAGCGCACGCCCUCCUCCGCCGCCGACACCGUCGCCGGCGGCCCGAUCGACGCCGAGUGGCAGUACUUCCUCGACAAUGUCCGCGAGGAACGCGGCUCCUACAGCGUCCUUGCCCCUGCCGACGGCGCCAACCCUUCCUACUACCUCCAGUACGAGAAGCCCCGCGACGGGAGCCGCCCACCCACCAAAGCCGGCGCCUCCACCUCCUCCCCAGGCCAGGGGGGAUGCAAGCGCCGCCGGAUGGAGGAGGACGAGAGCUCGUGCCGGGAACCCGCAUUGCACUGUGCCGACCCCAACAUCGAGGAGGACUACCGCGAAUUCUUGGAUAACAUACGCGUCGUUGGGAAGGACGACUUUGUGCUGGAGCUUGGGGACGAAGUGAUCAGGUAUGGAGGAGAUGCGGUGGAUCAUCAAGGUAGUAGCGAGGCUUCGGUAAUGGGGAAGGAGGCGGCGGUGACCAGCUCCGAUGAGCCUCUGGUGAGGGCUCCGGAGACCAAUCGGACUGGCCGCCGUGCGCCUCGAGACAAGGUUGCUGGCAUGGCAGAUAAUGGGAGGGAGGGGAGAGAUGUGGAGGAGGAUGGGAAAGCGGAGGAUCAAAGGAAGAAGGAGAAGAAGGGGAAGAAAGUGGUUGCUGUUACUUGUAAGGGGGAAGGUGGUGCCAUGGCGGCGGAAGAGGUUGAGAAGAAGCCCAAGAAAGCGGUUGCCUUUCAUUCUAAGGGGGAAGAUAGUACAAUGGCAGCGGAAAAUCUGAAGGAUAAGAAGAAUUCUGGGAAGAAAGAAGUCGUUGUUCCUGCUGAUAUGGGGAAGGUUAUCAAGGUGGAAGAAGAAGAGGGACAUGAGCAACUGCAGAUUUUGCCGGCUGUGGAGAAACGAUGGGCUACAAGUAGCCUGCCAAAUUCAGGCCAUUGCCAUGAAAGCGAGCCUCAUAUCGCUUCUGCUUCCGCUUCCGGACCACAUGGAGUUAUAUGGCCAACACAUAUAAAUGAUAGGGCAGAGUCAGACUUCAAACAAAGAUUGAUACAUGUUCUCAACAAACCGUUUAGUCAGGGAGAGUAUGACAAACUAUUUGGUAUGGCUACUAUUCGCAAUCCUUUGACAAAGGAACGUCGGACACGCUGUGGUGUGAAGUAUUACUACUCUCAACAUGAGAGGGGAAAAUCAUAUUUUGACUCUUACCCAGAUCUUGGGAAAAAAGUUAAAGAAGCCAACUAUCCCAAUCGCUUGGCGCUGUUGCGUGGGUUUUUCUUCUGGUUGGAGAAUGUUGGGCAAGAAGACCAGUUCAGGCCGUGGAGAGUUGAUCACAAACGUUACAAAAUUAUGCCUUUAUGAUAAAAAAAAUGCAAAGCUGUGACUUGGAUGUGAUUAUCUGCAGCUUCAGUGUCAACCAGUGUUGUUCGAUGUAGCCAGCAAAAACCGUAGAAUGGAAGCCUCUUUAUAUAGAAUGUUUACUUUGUAUGACUUCAAAUCUGAAUUCUGGAAUGCGUUUUGGCUCAUGGCUUCCUAAUGGAAGAAGAAAACAUUCCUUGCACAUUUUUCAAUGGGGAAACCUUUCUAAGAUGCCUUUUUUUUUUCAUUUGGGGCCUUACUGAUUUUGAAUUUUGGUCACUCCCAUUUUUUGCCUACAACUGAGUAAAACUUGAA